CUGCCACCUGCACCAGCUGUACCAGUCACCAUGGCAAAGGCCUUUGUCCUUCUGCUUGUGUCCCUCCUUGCCAUGGCCUACGCGGCUCCUGGACCCCGGGGUCUCAUUCUCAACCUGCUGGAUGGCGAGAUCUGCUUGAACAGUUUGCAGUGUAGUAGCGGGUGCUGCCAACACGACACCAUCCUGGGCAUUGCCCGCUGCACACACAAGGCCAUGGAGAACAGCGAGUGCUCCCCAAAGACUCUCUACGGGAUUUACUACAGGUGUCCCUGUGAGCGGGGCCUGACCUGUGAGGGGGACAGGAGCAUCAUUGGCGCCAUCACCAACACCAACUACGGGGUCUGCCUUGACUCGCGGCGCUCCAAGCAGUGAGACCGUACAAUUAGCUGGC